AAGAACACAGAUAUGAUCAUGUCUGAAAAUGGUGAAGGUGGUGGGCGCACCAGGGGACAUAUGGGUCCCAUCAUCAUCACUCCCUCCACCACCUUCUUCUCCCUUUUAAUUCUUCACCUCACCCAAAACCCUUAUAAUUUCUUGCUUUUUCUUGUAAUGGAAGGUGGCUUAGUUUUACUUGGUGGCGGAGCCAACGGCGGCGGAAGCGGUGGUUCUUCUGGGUUUUCAACAAACGAGUCAGCAAUGUCAGAGGCAAGCUCGUAUCUAGCCGAGACUGAGCUUGAGCUAGGACUAGGGCUGAGCAUUGGUGGUCCUACAGGGAAGAUUAAUAAGGCUAGUGGUAGAAUCUUGACUGCCAAAGACUUCCCUGUUCCUCGUCGAGCUUCCAUGAACGGCGGCACUCCUCCUUCAGUUACCGUUUCAGGGACCAAAAGAGCCGCCGAUCAAUCUGUCCCCCAUGACGGUGGCUCUCCUACUGCUACCAGUCAAGUUGUCGGAUGGCCACCCAUAAGGUCUUACAGGAUGAACAGCUUGGUUAAUAAUAACCAAGCUAAAGCUCCAAGAGCUGAAGAAGAACACAAAGGGAUUAAUGAAGAAGAAGAAGAAGAAGAAGAUAAAGCUAUAAAAGAUGGUUCAAAGCUGAAAAAACCCAAUGAAAAUUUAGGGCAUAUUGGGUUUAUUAAAGUCAAUAUGGAUGGCAUUCGAAUAGGAAGGAAAGUGGAUUUGAAUGCUCAUUCUUCUUAUCAUAGUUUGGCUUCAGCACUCGAAAAUAUGUUCCUCAGAUCCGCCGGUGCAGAGAAGCAACAAUUAACAAUGCCAUCUAGGCUUUUGGAUGGAUCAUCUGAAUUUGUUUUGACUUAUGAAGACAAAGAGGGAGAUUGGAUGCUUGUAGGAGAUGUUCCAUGGAUGAUGUUUCUCACCUCAGUUCGAAGGCUCCGAAUUAUGAAGACCUCCGAGGUUAAUGGACUUGCUCCGAGAUUCCACGAAAGGAACCGAACACAAAGAAGUAAACUGAUAUAACAUUAUCGACCGACAUCACAAUUCGCCAUUUAAAUUUCCGUAUAAAAAAAAAAGAAGAAUUCCACAGUUUGAACACAAAAAGCUAAAUGAAUUUAGAAAAGAAAAUUGAUGGUUGUUUUCGUAUUCGAAUCAAUAUAAUUUUUUUCGACCGAAUUGAUGUGUUUCAACAUACUGUAUAUAUGUGAGUACUGGGAAAAAAAAAAGGAGCGUUUUUUUUGAGCUUUGCUGCAACUUGUGUGUGAUUUUGAUAUUUAGUGUUUUCCAUUAUGUUUUGUUUAUGCUUUACAUUUAAUAUAAGGUUCUGAGUGUUUUUGUUUUUGGUUA